UCAAAACAUUUUUGUUUUAUCAUUUGCAUUUUAAGUGCUGUGGAAACGUCGGUUAAUUGGAAUUCCUCAAAAAAGUUAUAGCAACAAUGGUCUCCAAGUCAUUGUUUCUGGCAACAUGCAGUUUUCUGACCUUAGUCGCCUCACUGGUCGCAUUGCCGCCGCCUUCAUUCCACCAAUUGAACCAUCGCGAAUCGCGUCUCCUUCCAAAUCGUGUCAUUGCUCAAUUUCCCGCCGGCACUUGGAUUGAGAAUAUUGCCGUUCGAGCCAAUGGCAAUCUCCUUCUCACAAGUUUCCUGCCAGACGCUACACUAUACGAGGUUUCUGACUUGGACUGUCUCUCGCCAACCGUUACCCGUCUAUUUACCAUAGACUCAGUCACCAGCUUAUUUGGGAUAGUAGAAACAUCUACAGACGUUUUUGCUGUUGCUGGCGGAAAUUUUAGCCAGUCAACAGGGGGUGUUAAAGGGACAUCUCGUCUUUGGAGCAUCGAUUUCAGACAUGGCCAGUCCUCUUAUCCAAGGCUGAUUACUUCUAUUCCCGAUGCGGUUCUACUCAACGGCGCGACAACAGUUCCUCAAAGCAGUCACAUAGUUCUCCUAGCGGAUUCGAUAUUGAACACUAUUUGGCGUGUUGACGUGGUUAAGGGCACGGUGGAUAAAGCGGCUCAAUUCCCGCCACAGGACACUGCCCCAUCACAGCCCGUAACUAUUGGCAUUAACGGUAUUCACAUCCACGAUGGGUUUUUAUGGUUUACAAAUGAUACAUCAACAACCAAUCCGUCCACGGGCAGCCCUGAAACCUCCAUGUAUCGAAUCCAAAUUGACAAGAAUGGAUACGCACCUCUCAACACCGCACCCAAGAAAACAAUUACCCUACCAUCAGAGGCACUGGAUGACUUCAUAUUUGGCCCCGACGACAGAGACAUCAAGUGGAUAGCUACAAAUUCAGAAAACAAAGUACUUGCGGCUGCUCCAGAUGGCAGAUAUGUCCGUGUUGCUGGCGCACCCAGCUCUUUCGAAGUUGCGACGGCAACGGCCUGUCAGUUUGGGAGAACAAGCCGGGAUUCGCAUGUUCUUUAUGUAACCACUGGCGGUGGGAAAAUAAACGGCACAACGGAAGGAGGCAAAGUGCAGGGUCUCGAUACUAGUGGAUUCAGCUUUUGAUGCAUACGAGUAGCUGCUGGUUUAUGACAAAUGAGCUGUAUACCAGUAGGAGAGGCAGUGCGUCAUAGACGAUAAAUCAUAUACUAUCUGCCAUGCAUUUCACACAUGGAAGUUAUGUCCAGAAAGAGGGUAGUCACGAACAUCUGCAGAGUAAACUAAGUAGCCUAAGCAUUAGUGCCCGUAUGUUUGGGGGCCGGAGGUUAUUAAAAGAUGACAGGAUGUUAAAAUGUUACACUAUUCACCCACAGGUUUCGGCUUCUCGGAUAUCAUUUGGUUUACAGAAACAAGGUGCUACGCUGCCCUCUUUAAGCCCCUGAAGGCAACAGCAUUUCUCGCUACGCUUAAGAUAUGCUAUUUAAGAUACUGUCACUUGAAUUAGUGCGUCAGAAUUGGCUAUAAGAGAAGAGAGCAAACGAAAUACCAUGGGAAGGUAGUUAACGCUUGGC